AUGUCUCAAGAAAACUCGCUCACGGCCGUGGUCGCCCUCCUCGACCAGUACAAGGGCCAGUUGGGUGGCGUGGACGAGGCCUCGCUCAAGUCGCACCUGACCAGCCCUCGCUUCCAGGCGCUGUACGACAUCCACCAGCAGGUCGGCGCGCAUGGCAAGCAGAGCCUGGCUCCGUCGACCAACAACGCGCUCACGCUCGUCAAGGACUUUUUGACCGAGACGCUUGCAGGCAAGUCUGGCGCGCAGAUCGAAGCGGUGCGUGCGCUGCUCAGCACGCCCCAGUUCCUGUCGGCUGUCAUGGCGCACGACAAGAUCGCCAACAAGGACUUUACGGCCGACACCAGCAAGCCCCGCAUCAUUAUUCAGAUUGCUGACGUGCCCGCGGAGAGCAAGCGCAUCUCUGCCGUCCCGACUCCGAUUGUCAUUCCCACGCCUGCACCUGCACCUGCACCUGCACCCGUUCCCGCUCCCGCUCCCGCCCCGGUUGCUGUUGCCGCUCCUGUCGCUGCUGCUGCUGCUGUCGUUGCCGCCCCUGUUGCUGCUGUG